GGGGUAACGACGGUUAAUUUAGUUUUAGUACGUCUAAGCGGCAGUUUUCCAAUUUUCAUUUGUAUUUUUCGAGCGGUGUACAACUAUUUCGAGAAAAAUUUCGCUGCGGUUAGUCUUCUAGAGUCUAGUAGAGUGUAUUUUAAUAGUUGUCUUGCGUGGCUAUGAUAUCUUUACUCGGGCUUAUUUUUCUGCAGCUAUCGUAGUAGUGUUUUAUCUUGUAGUAAUACCGAUCUCCAAACUUCAAAAACACCUAGAUAAUAAGUGAAAUUGAAGGAAACGUCGAAAGGAGCAAUAAUAGCCACUUUGUUUAUGAUCUAGCAGCAUCGGACGAUGGAACGGAACCACAAAAUUUCAGGAAAGGUGACCUGUAAAGCACAAUAACAAUUGACAGAUAUCAAGCACUGUUUGUGACUUCUGUCGUUGCUCUGAAAAAUUUGUCGUGAAAAAUAAAUACAAUCGAAAAUCGUUGAAAAAGAUUAACGGGGUAAACCAGCCAGACGUAGGUUGAGAUGUGAAGUACAGCAUAUAAUGGUUUGAGGUUACAUUUAUAUAAAAAAACAGUCUUUCAACGUGCGUACUGUAACGCCAGAAGCCAAAACACAACCGUACAGGAGACUUAACAUCAAAAUAUGUCCGAAUCUGAGACUAGUAAACCAGAGAACAUCAUCAAACCAUCCACUUUGCAACCUCCCAUUAUCAUGAAGAUAGAUGGUCCUGCUGAAGAGCAAGAUAAAGAUCCCAUAGAGGAUAACGAGAAAAAUAACUGCUUAGCAAACAAAAAGGAGGAAUUCAAGAUGUGUUCACCUCUAUUUAGUAAUACCUCAAGGAGUACAACUAAUCCAUUUGCUACUGCACAAAGUAAAAGCAACAGUAAAAGCAUAUUAAAAAUGCCACAGUUGAAUGUGAAUUCAAGUAGCUCUUCUAGUAAGCCUUUUGCUUUGAAACCCAGUCAACUCAGUUCUAUGACUUCUAAGUUGAAUAGUGAUAAGAGUAAUAAUGAAAAAAUCGGAAAUGGAGAUAAACAAACAAAUCAGGUGAAUGGAGACGGCCCAAAAUUUGUCCCAUUGGUAGUAGAAGCGAAAACUAAACCAGUUGCUUCCCAGCCCUCAGCGUCGAACCCAAAAAAACCAACAAUGGCUAGUAGUUCUUUUGUUUUUGGUGAAAAUCUACAAGCAAGGGCCGUAGCAGGCGAAGGAAAAACUACAGAUGCGCCAUCUACUAGUACAACUGCCAAUGGUACUUCAGAAAUGCUGUUCAGCAGCGUUGUCAAAAAGGACGUGAAGCCUGAUAGUACAUCUAAAGAUAAAGAAGGAAAAACGUUGAGUGAGUCUGCUAGGGAAUAUGAAGAAUCUAGAUCUAACAAAAGGAAAUAUGAAGAGGUAGAAGUAUUCACAGGUGAAGAAAAUGAGCGCAACAUACUGAACAUAUCUUGUAAGCUGUUUUCAUUUGACAAUGUGACAAGCAACUGGCAAGAACGAGGUAGAGGCACCCUUAGGCUGAACGACUUUGACGUCGAUUCUGAGAUAGGGAGUCGUAUAGUGUUUAGAACAUCAGGCUGCUUGCGGGUCAUUUUGAACACGAAAAUAUGGGCUGAGAUGACAGUUGACAAGGCGAGUGAGAAGAGUAUACGACUUACGGCUUUAGAUGGUAAUGGAGAUAUAAAGGUGUUCCUUGUAAUGGCUAGUAAUGACGACGCGGGUAAACUAUUUCACAAUUUGCAAACGCGUUUGGAGAGAGAAAUCAAUGCUCAGAAACGUAAGAAAGGUGAGAAUAUGGAGGAAAAUGAAGCGGAAGAGAACUGAUACCUUCAGUCGACGUUUUUUUAAGAAUAUAGUUUAUAUACUACUUAAAUUACAAGUAUUUAUUAAGAUCUAAAAUCGUACAUUGAUUUAAAUGCUUUUUAUAUUUAUAGAAAUAUAACUUGUGAAAUGAAAAAUUGUAAUAAAUAAAUGUAUAGAAGAGAUGUAUAGUCAGGUUUUGACGAUGUGGAUUAGUAUCACUGGAUGGUUGAAUAAAUGUGGGGUUAUUCUCUUUGCUUUUUUGAAUUAGUGUCAUUUUUUAUUUUCACUUUUUACAUUUUUUCAGGAUAGAAAUGUCAAUAUUAACAGUCCAAUCAGGUUAACCAGCCAAUAACGGACGUAUAGAAAGCUGUAUAGACGGAUUUUGCAACGGAAUUUAUGUUGUCGCGGCUCGUGAUCUAGAGAUAUAAAAAAAUUAUUGGGUAUUUGAAAAAAAAAAUGGUAACUAGAACUUUGCAGAAACUGAAACAGAGCAUUUUUUAAUAAUUUCAAGAAUAUAGUUCCAUUGUAAAACUCACUCGUCUAUACAUUUGUUCUUCUUGAAUACUAUACCUAGGUAAACAUUAGAGUUCAGGGUAUCCAUCAUUACUUCUAAAAACGCUAAGCUCUACUGUUAUAUACUGAUUAUUUGAGACUUUGAAUUUGCAGUUUUUUCAGUCAAAUAUAAUAAUUUCAUACUAUGCUUGGCAAUGUAUUUAUUUAUGCAUUUCCACAAAAAUCAUUUGGAAGGUAGGGUAGUAUAUAGCAAAGGUGAAAGCCUUCACAAUAUUUUCAGAAUAUUUACAAAACAGCCUGGACAUAGGAAGCAUUUUUUUAUGGUUUUGUUUUCCUGCAUUUUCAGUUUGUUGAAUAUUUUACAUUAAUGACUUUCUUUGUAUGAAUAAUAAAUUACAUUUCAUCAAA